AUGUCGUGUGCUGCCUACAAUACCACGUACCAGAUGUCUCGGAUGGCUCGGCACUUGGCCACGGCCGUUAAAGAAGGAGUCAUCUACACCGAGGACCUUACCGCCGAGUUCCUGGACGAGUACGUUGCUGUGACCGAGUGUCCGCCGGCCGAGCUGCUUCUGCGCUCGGCGGGAGACCAGCGCUUCAGCGACUUCGAGGUACUGCAGUGCAACUACGCCCACUUCCACCUGGGUUCCAAGAAGUGGCCCGCCGUGGGCUUCGGCGACUGGUUGCGAGCCAUGAUCGAGUUCCAGCUGAACUGGCCCAUCAUAGAGGCUGUCAAGGACAAGCACGCUAAGAUGGCAUCUUAUGGAAGCGGCAGAUCGGACCCCGAGCAAGUCAUACGUCAGCGCAAGUUCCUGCGGCACGUCCACGCUGCCAACAUCCUCAACAUGGAACGGCUCGCCGGCCUCCACAACGGUGUGAUGUAA